UUAAGACCCACCGCCUACUGCCGAGCUAGGCUUGGUCUAGAACUGGCUAACUCUCAGGAAACUCUGGAGGAAACCGAUUCCAGUAAUCAAAGGGUGGUUCUCGCCCUCUAUGCGGCCCUGAGUUCGCACGACGUGGCUACGGUGCACCAUAUCGUCGCCCCCGACCUCGAGUGGUGGUUUCAUGGUCCUCCCUCCCACCAGUUCUUGAUGCGCCUUCUAACCGGCACUGCCCCAGCCUCUGCCACAUCCUUCCGAUUCGUCCCGCAGUCCAUCACUUCCUUCGGGCCCACCGUCCUUGUCGAGGGCUGCGACCACGCCCUCUCUAUUUCCUGGGUUCAUGCCUGCACCGUCUCUGAUGGGAUAAUUACUCAGAUCAGGGAGUACUUCAACACGUCCCUUACCGUCACGCGCCUCCGGAACUCCGGUCCAUCGUCACCGCCAUCAGAUUUAGCUUCCACAAGGUCCUCAUCAUCGACGGCUGCGAUCACGCCCCUCCAUUGCCCGUCCCUUUGGGAGAGCAGCGUCUCCAGUUGGGUCGGAAAGUCCGUGCCGGGUCUGGUCCUGGCAAUAUAGUAUCGUCUCUCUCUGUGAUCAGCUGCAUCCUUUACUAUAGUAAAAACAAAUAAAUAAAGGGUGCGCAGUAAUCAGCCCCUGAUUGAGUGAAAUACUUAUGGGCUGAGCUAAAUUUCUGUAUUAGAUCGAGUCAGAGAGAUGUAAAAAGCUCCUUAUUACGGUCGCGUUUGGGAUGGUUUGUUGGGCUUUGGCAUGCUUGGUAUGCUAGCGUGUGCCCGUCUGUCUUUCGGGUUGUCCUGUUUAGUCGUGGUGUCUGUCUUGAUUUUGUGUGUUGGUACGUGGAAACCAUAAUGGUGGAACAUUCCUAUUGGUUAUAUCCUGACGUAUCUGUAAUCUCGUGUUUUGGUUGCGUAAUAAAGGUAUUUGCUUGUGCUUGUGAUA